AUGAAACCUUGCUGUGUCAAGGCCUCCUUCCUGUUUCUGCUCUCUUGUCACCUCGUAUUGGAGGCUACGUCUAGAUGUAAGUUUGAACACUUCUUUCAACACAUCAUCAUGUUGCCGAAAUUUCUAGUCAGCUGCAAAUCGAUGUUUUGCCAUAAAAAUCACAAAGACAGCUGAUAUUAAGUAUCGCUAGAUUGCGAUGAAUUUCUCUAGAAAAAAAGGGGGAUCCGGCUCUAACUUACAGUAAGGUUGCAGAUGGAUCACCUUUAAUUAUACGGGGAAUGGCAUUUUCAAUCUAAAAUUUUUUUGUUCAACUGGACUAAACUACAACAAAGGUUCUCGAAAUGCCAGUAGUUGUCAACAGCAGUCCAUUCAGGACUACGGAAAAGUUUUUCCUAACGAUGGACACCUUUAGCACCAGCACUAUGUAUCCGUGUUAUUGAGAAUCAGCUAAAAGGAGCAAAGAAAGGCAGGGACCAGCCCUGAAGGAUGUCCGUUUUAGCAAGGUGCCCAUUAUAGAGAGAGAGUGUGGACUGAACAUUCGCCCAGACGAUAAAAUUAUUCCACCAAAUUUCAGUUUUUUAAUUUUCUUUUUUGUUUUUUUCGUAAUUGUUCUUAGACUGCGGUAAGGAACUUAUAGGGUACAACAAGAUCGGAAACCAAAACAUCAAAGCUUCGACAGUGGAUAGGUUUGCACAAACUUACGAAGCACGAAUGCAUGGUGGCAAUGGAUGGAUACCUGAUCGCAAUGAUAAACACCCAUAUCUGGAAAUCGAUUUAGGAAGUCUAUUUCUUGUCUGCGGAUUUGAGGUGCGGGGGUGCAGGCGAUCUUGGCCAACUAGGUAUAGAGUACAGGUCACUCCUGAGAAAGACUACUGGGAUUCAUGGAAUUAUAUCAAGGUAAUUUACAUGGAGUUAGUAGCAUGUAAGGGUUUGGUGGUAGUAUUCAUCAUCGCAUUUGGUUUUAAGACAUAGAGCAGUCUCUUUAGGGAACUAUAUUUGGCCUCCGUUCUUUUGUGGACAAAGAAUGAAAGAGGAAGUGAGGUCUCUCCUGAUUGGUCGCAGAAAGCAAUGACAUGCCAUUCUUUGAAUUGUUUCAGUAUUGUUUGGGGUCAGGGUUAGGCACUAUUGGUGACUUCUCUUCCGAGCCGCUGCUACAUGACCCAUUAAAUCGGUUGCAAGGGAAGGUACGGAUAGCAGCUAAAUUCUAGGCAAAAAAUAAACUACAGAUGUUUCACUGGAAAUGAAAUUCCCGCCAUUAGGGACGGAAUCUCGCUAAUGAGGACACUAAUACUCAAGGUCCCCACUGUGUCCCCUGUAAAGGGAGUUGACUCAAAAGUUGCACUUGUUCAGGGUUUAGGAGGAGCUUAAGGUGAUACUUCGUUUACGAUGACUUAAAUAUCCAAUACGAUCAACUCCCUUUUAUCGCCGACACCGUGAGGAAUUUUAUAAGUGUUCUCAUUAGCGAGAUUCCGUAAUGGCAAGAUUUGUUUCCGUCAAGUAUCUUAUUUUUGCCUGGGAUUUAGCUGCUGUCCGUAUUAUUGGGGGCGUCCGUUAUAGCAGGGUUAGCAAGGCGAGGGUUGACAUAUGUUCAUUCGUUCUCUUGCAAAUAAUGAAGUAUGACCUAUUAUUGAAAACCGAUAAAUGGUGACCCUGACAUCGUCAUGAUUGUUUUUCAGCCAGAGUUUUAUGGGGGUAAAAACGAAAACGACAAGGUAUACAGCGUCGCUAGAGAACGGAAGGUCGGUCGUUAUGUGAGGAUAUUCCCUUAUGGCUUCAAGUUAGACCGUACUGGGAGGCUAUGUAUGAAAGUAGAAAUAUAUGGAAAUCCGUAUUUGCGUGAGUACUGUACCUGUUUAAGUUUGUUAAAUACCUUCAGUGUUUCAAAAACUUGUUAUUUCUCACCCUUCUUGCACCUUUUUUUUAUUGACAUGAAGCAUUUGUUAAUCAUGACUGCCAUGCCAGGGGAGUUACUGCAGGGUGCAUGCGUUGCCUGCAUGCGUAUGUCACCAUAGGCUUCGGUGAUGGUGUCAUAAUACUAGUCACUACCGAAAUAAUAAUAAUCGUUUUUGUAACCAAAAAAAAUGAAGUAAUACAAUGUAAGCUAAGCGGCAUUUCGAGGGUCUCAACUUUGAUGGAAGCCCAAAACUACAUGAACAGAAGUUCAGGGCAAUCCUUUCAAUUGGAGGUCUCAUAAAAAUAAUGUAACUCUUGGUUCUCAACAGGAGUUGGCGAUGAGGUGUUCGUGAUGGAAAAUCAAAUAACAAUGUCCUAUAAGAAGACAAGUAUUAAGAAAAUUAAUCUAGAUACGUAUAAAGUGGAAGUACAUGACCGCAAUGAACCUCUCAGUUAUUAUCCUGAUUACACACAGGUACGUGGUUACAAUAUACAGUUAUAUGGACCUUACGAAACUCAGACGACGACGUUAACGAAGAAUUAAAAAAAAGGAAUAGGUUUUGUUUGCAAAACAAUAAUUCGGCGCGAGUAUCACGUUUUUAUUUUCAUUAUUUGCCAUCCUUCUACAGCUAGCUAUAGCAACUUGAACGAGAAGGCAAUACAUUUUACUGAUUAUCUAUCUGAGACGGAAGCGGUUCUGCCUCUUCAGCUUCAGUUUUAUUUCCCACUUUUUUAAAAGAUUUAAAAACGAGUUGGAAUAGUUUCGGAAGGGAAGCGAAUUCAGUUUUUCACUUAGUAUACAUUUUUACUGUUGUCGCCUUUGUCAGAUUUCUUUGAAAAUGAGUGUUCUGCGGUCAAAUUGAAAACAAGAGUUACAGGCUGUAACCUGUAACAAGUUACUACAACCAGAGUGACCGAUGAAUAUUAUUUCCAUGCCCACUGAAAAAUUGCUUUCUAGGGUGCUUUCUGUAUAAUUUUACAAUAAAAUGGCGAUUUCACCUCUACCAAGUUUAUGUUGCAUUUCAGAGCCGGUUUCACUGAAUGUAUUUAUUUAUUUAUUUAAUUUUCUUUUUCAGGUUAUUCCAAGUCACUUGCCUCUAGAAACAGAGAUCAGAGAAAACUGUUGUGUUCUUACACCUGGAUAUCACUACGUUGCGGGGCGCGUGCACGAGAUUAAGGGAAAUAAAUAUCGAGUCGAAAAGCUAAUAGAUGCAAACAGAGAUUAUAAGGGGCAGACCAUUAGGCUGCAUAGCUUCGAAAGAGAAAAAUUACGAGUUAUCUUUAGUGCGUGGUGUGGUAAGCAUUGCAUGAACAUUGUGCCGUUUAUGAACUAUUUACGGGAAAUUAGCCAGUUCGUAUUCUUCAACAACAGCAUUUUAAACAGUUUCUCGUGUAGUAGUAUAAAUUAUAUUAUACUAAUACAUGAGAAAUUUCUGCAAUUUGACUGGCUUAGAGCAUGGGUAUUUCAGCUUAAUUUGAAAUACCUCCAUGUGAAAAUUACAAACCUUUUGCAAGUAGUAGUAUAAACAAAUAACAGCAAAUACCACUCGUGAUAUUUCAAAAUUGUCUCAAAUUUCACUCUCCUAACGGCUCGUGAAAUUACGUAAAACAAUUUCGAAAUAUCACUCAUGGUAUUUAUGUCAAACAUUACUACAAAUCGUGCUGUUACCUAUACAAAAAACACAAAACAAUACAAGUAAAUGUUAAAUUUACAGAAAUUAUUAUUUACCAUCUACCACAUAUCUUAUCAAAGAAAAACAGUACAAAAAAGAAAUAAUAAUACUGAAAAUGUUAGUGGUAAUAACACUAAAACAAUAACACAAAACCUACAGCACCAACAAGGAAACUUAGACGCAUGUCGCAUCUGCACUACUAAAUGAAAAGUUAAAAGUGUUUUCAAAGGUCGUACUAUGAUUGUUUUUAAAAGCUAUUUCUCUCUGAAUGCUCAAAUUUCACGAAAAAGUACGAGAACAUUUUCAAAAGAGAUAUUUUCGUCGUAAAGGCAACUGCAGGCAGUAUAUUGAGAAUCUUACAAUUAAAAGCGCCCAUAUUAGUGAUGAAUAUUAACUACCUGCGUUAUUGUAACAACCUGACUCAGUUGAUUUCUGACAAAUACUGUCUGAUACAGUAAGUAACAAAUACCUUUUUGCUGAUGGUCUAGAUAUUAAAAGAUACUGAGUACUGCUCGUACCUUUAAAGUGGCACUAUAGAGCUAUGGUACCUCAGCCCAAAUUUUGUAUUUUUACUCAGAAUUAAUGGACGCUUUGAUUGCACUGUUUAUAGUACACGGUGUCCAAAAAACAACCUUUAUUCUAUGAUGCUCGCCUGCACGGCAAUGUCAUUUAUUCAUUGUAAUGUCAGCCAGCGAUUAGGCUUUUUCUCUGCAUGAUGCUAACCUGUACACAAUUGCUACGACAAUUUAAUCGCCAAUUUCCUGCAAAUUCUCCAGCUUACUUUUAUUUAUUUCCUUUUCCUUCAGAAAAAGUUGAAUUCUUUGCCAGAGUCUCAAAACUGCGUUCAAGGGUUUCCUAUGGUAGAAUCGUCAGUGUCGACUCGAAGCUGGUAUUUUUAGAAAAUGCACAAGGAGGACUGCAUCGGCUCUCAUACAAAACCCAGGAUGCUUUCUUUGUCAGCAAAAGGGAAGUUAGACCUGAUGACGUUGAACCGAAAAAGACGAAACUAUGGUUGCCAAACAUGUAUGGGUAUCUUGAACCAGUGACUGCUCCGAACAAAAUAAUACUAUCUCUUUGGAUUAAGCGUAAACCAAGAAUCGUUUGGUACAAAGAAAAUGACGGUAAGUUAUGAAAACGAAGCUAUUGCUUUCAAAAGCAUUGGCUCACAACUUUUACUGGCGACAUGGUAGUUUUUACUGAGGCCGACACAAACAGGCUGACAAACUGAAAAAAUCCUUCAACUGAUCAAACUGACACGCUAAAUCAGAAUCCAAACAGGUCGAUCAGAAAUUAGACCAGUUCCCAGGCUAAAAUUCAGCAUGAUAUAGCAAGUCAUGGAGGACAGAACACACAAAAAAGAAACAUGAGAAAUAAGAAAAUUAAUAAACAUGUUUAUUGGACAACGAGUCACGUAAUAAAUCACAUUUUAAUUUUUAUUAUUGAUUUGAUAUGCAGAUAAACCAGACGUUUGUAAAGACGAAGCAGGUCUCUGUUAUAACAGUCGCAUCCCUUUCACAGUUGUUCGGCAAAACUGCACUAUCCCCAAAAUAUGGGAUGGGAUAAAAUGUACAGGUAUGUGUCGGGUUAAGUUUUAUAAAUGUUGAACAGGCGUCGUUAUAGAAUAGGAAGCUUAUAAGUAACGCACGUCAACCGGAAGUGAGGCUUUUUCUCCUUUGAUAUGCCUCAACGCUACCAAAUAUAUAUCGCUACGUUUCCUUAAUCUUACAUUGAAGAUGUAACCCAAAAUUUGGCCCAAACAACUAACCAAGAAUGCAAAAAGUCCACUUCCGGUUGACAUGCGUCUUUCGAAAACGUUUUUGCUUAAUGGCUCCCUACUACUAACGACGACUUGCGUUUAAUUGGGCUGCACCUCAAAGUGAGAUUCAGCGUUAGCUGUUUCUUAUUAUGACGUUUGAAACUGGGCAAAAUGGCAGGAGGACAUGUAUUGCAAGGUUACUAAGGUUAGUCAAAGUUAGUUAUUGGCUGUAAUUGAAUUUGAAAAACAAAGAAGAACUUUUAUAUUUACUGUUUUGAUCUGUUCUGUUCAGAAAAUUCAAAGCAGAAAGAGCGUAGUCUGCUACACAGCCGUUUUUGGUGUCGUCACGCAACGCUCCUCCCCACUGGGGGAGGGAGGAUCGUUGCGUUGUGGGAGGGACGUUGUGAGACGACUCUAAAAACGGCCGUGUAGCACACUAAAAGAAGCGCGGACGAGUGUUCAUUUCUAAUAAUGUCCACAUCAUGAGAUUCCAUCCACUAUAGACUAAGACUAUAUUUACUCUAGGAUUAACAGGGCAAAGAUAUUGUUUACCAGUUAUUUCCUUGUUGUGUUGGGUUCGUCCACAGGGUUUGAAAUCUGGAAAAUGUUUGCUUGUAGAAUCCGGAAUCCAGAACUUGAAAUUCGGAACUCAACUCAAAUAACAAAUGAUAACUAUGGAGCUUCCAUUUUUUCUUUCAUUGCGUCGAAAAUAUGGGAGACUAUUCCACUGGAGCUUAAAAAAAACUAUGUUACUGCCGCUUCUCUAAACACUUCAAGUUAUAUCUGCUUAAUCCGCAAUCUGUUUCCUAGAAUAUAUUGCUUUAGUUUACUUUAGUUUAUCCACUUUUAGCCAUGUAGUUCUUGUUGUUUUGUUCUUUGUUUUCUUUGUGUUUUUUUUUAUUUAAUACACGUCAAUGUUGUUACUUUAGCACCUUUUCUCUUUGUAUUAUUAUUUGUCACUACGCUUAUGUGUCUAUGUCAGCUAGCUUAACGUACGUGGCAGUGACUAACCCGGAAGCAUUAGCUACUUUGGUCACUACACACUUAUUUCUGACAUUGUUCCCUAGGGUACUUUUACAAAUUAAAAUUCCAAUGUAAUCAAUAUGUAAAUAGUGAAAAAACAAUAAAAUCUGAAAAUCUGAAAACCGGAAUCCCAGUAACGAUUGGAAUCCGGAAUCCAAGUUCCACUGACAAGGAAUUCCAAUUCCAGUAACUGGAAUCCGGACUCCAAUGCGUGGAAUCCAAUAUCUAAAGUCUGUCUGUGAUGAGUUGAUGUAAAUAUACGGUGUAGGGGUAGGUAAAUACCGGAAACCCCACCCCACCCACCCCACUAGGCUCUUUUGUUGACGACUGUUGUUUCUUAUUUCUUUGUAAUGCCCAGACGAAGAUGAAUGCAAAACAGGAAUGGCCGCAUGUGCUUUGCACGCAAUAUGUAAAGAUACCCAUGGGUUUUAUGAGUGUGAGUGUAAAGCUGGUCUGACAGGUAAAAAUCCCCGCAUAGAAGACUGCAAGGAUGUAAAUGAAUGUGAUAAUAAAAAGAACUGCCACAAGGAUGCCAUCUGUGAAAACACGUUUGGGAGCUUCCACUGUCAUUGCAAGAGAGGGUUUAAAGGUGACGGGCGCCACAAAUGCGUUGAGAUCGAUCGGUGUACAAUUUUAUCAAACAAGGUAAAAUGUAGUUUAUGAUCAUAAGCGCAUAAGCCUAAAAAGUCUAAUUUUCGAUCGAAGAACCUUUAUUAUAUCCACUCCUUUCGUGGUCCCAAAAGUAUCAAACGUCCCGUGGAGGCUAGCUACCUCUUGGUAUGACGCAGAAAUUAGACUAUGAUCCCUUGUAGACCGUCCUUACAUUCUAGUAAACAAUGGCAUCAACUCGAGACUUGACAAAAUGCAUAUGAGGGAUUAAUAGGAAACUGAUUCUCUAUCCAAGCUCGGCCUCAUUUCACUGUCCGCAGUCUGGGGAAGGGCAUAUAUGACGUUCGAGUGCGUUUUCUAUUUAUUUACUCCAGAUUGCAACUGGAAGGUUGUCAUGAUCAAUAUUCCUAGUGAUAAAUAAAUGAAUAAUAGUUAAUAAUAUUGUAUAUGAAAUAUAAAAAAAUACUAAUUACAGUGUGAUAUGCAUGUUACUUUUGAUGCUUAACAUUUGAUCUGUAAUUGUUUCAUUAGGUUUUAGAAUAUAACAAGUAUUAAUUCAUGCACAAAGUUUGUAGAAUUUCUUAUUGAUAAUUUAUAUCCAAUUUGCUUUUCUAACCCUAAUUUUACUUCUAUUUUUUGUUUCACUCAAUGUCAAAAGCACUAUUGCGAAAAGCACAAGAAUGCCAUUUGCAAGAAUUUUCCAGGAAAAUAUCAAUGCGUAUGCAAACAUGGUUUCCAUGGAAAUUUUAAGCAGUGCAAGGAUCUUGACGAGUGCACUUCGAGGAAACAUCAGUGCAGUCGGCAUGGCAACUGCAUCAAUACAAUUGGUUCUUAUACGUGUAAAUGUAAAAGUGGUUACCAGGGCGACGGUCUAAAAUGCGAAGAUAAAGUGGAGUGCAAAGAACCGUCGGUAAGAAUAAAUAAACAAAUAUGUAAAGAAAUAAAUAACCCUUUAGUUUUAGUGGUACAAGUAUCCAAAGUGGGUUUCCGUUUGUCUGAAAUUGCAAAUUCGGAUCAAACAAUUUGAAAUUGACGCAAAAAUGCUCUCACUAAUUUCGUUUUUAGAAUGACGUUAUGUGGCUCCAAUUAUCAAUGCUGGCAAGUCAGGGAUCUGAUCACCGGACGGGAUAAGAAAAAACCUAUCCAAGCAACCAACUCAACCCCAAUAAAUAUGGUUUCCCCACAUGUUGAUGGAUUUUUUCAUUAGAAAACCUUUGCCUGACAAGAUGGUCUGAAUUUUUAUUCUGAUAUUGAGGGCUCAUUAGACUUAAAAGGUACUUGAGUCUUCAUUUGGCUGACCGUAUUUAACCCUUGGACGUACACACAAAUUCCCCACCGUGGUACAGGGGGGGCGGCUGGAUGGAACCCCUCCCCAGAGUUUUGACAUGUUGCAUGAUUUCGAAACGAUUUUACCUUCAUUAGAAAACCUUUGAUCUUCCUGACAAGAUGAGGUAUAUUUCAUGGGUGGUGGCGCUGCUGGAGGCCUGUGUCGUCACCAUCAACAGUCGCCAUCUUGGAUUUUACCAAGAAAUAGAAAUCAGGUUUAAACUGCGAGAAAUAGUAAUUGUUUGUGCUUUGCAUGAAAAAUAACACAUAAAUAAGAACUUGCAUGAUUUUAGCCACAAGAUUUACUUUUAUUGUUGAAAGAAGUUAAAAAAAAUGUAUUUUCACGCAAAUAAUGGCUUGGCCACCUGCUACUUAUGACGUCAUAUCUCGUAACCAUAGUAACUGACCACCUCUGAACUUCUCUCAAAAUUUACGAGAGGAAUACCUAACAGCUACUGGAAACGUCAGGUGCUGUUGUUUUAUCCUCUGGGAAAAGCUCAGAAAAUCCUAAAUGGGGCGGAGGGGGUAGCAUCCUCCCUCCCCCUUGUAGGUCCGAGGGUUAAAAAAAUAUAAGGUACGAAAUGAGUUCCUGUCAAUUUUUAAUCAUGUCCACAUCACAUCAUUUUCAGUGAUAAUGAACUAGGAAUGUUCUUGUCAGAUCAGUACAAUACCAAUUUUUUGCGGUAAUUAAAAGGGUCAUUUACCACGGUAAAAAUGCAGCACCUAACGUAUAGUAUCUCUUACAUAACUGUAACAUAUAAGAUGUACAUAUAAGAUGCAUUUUAACUGAAAACAUGCGUGUUUUUCCCAUAGAAAAGUCGAUCAUGUCAUGCGCAUGGCCGGUGUGUGGAUACUGUUGGUGGAUACAAGUGCGAGUGCAAGGAGGGUUAUUAUGGUGAUGGGGUUAAAAGCUGUGUACUUGCCAACGAAUGCAAACUUGGAAUCCACAAGUGCCACAAAACCUUGGCUACCUGUGUCAAUACUCACCAAAGCUAUGAAUGUCACUGCAAUAAAGGCUUCGAAGGAGAUGGACGAACCUGCGAGGACGUUGACGAGUGUUCAAAGAAACAGCAUCCCUGUGACCUUAAAGCAAAGGGUGUUGAGUGCCUCAACACAGAUGGAUCAUACAAGUGUGUCUGUGCUAAAGGUUUCUCUGGAGACGGGAAACAGUGUGUGGAUAUUGACGAGUGCAAGCUUGGCUCUCACAACUGCGUUAAGAAUGCGAUCUGUGUGAACUUGGAUGGACGAUUUUCUUGCAAAUGCAGAUAUGGUUUCUGGGGAGAUGCAACAAAAAAAUGUGAAGGUAAAAGAGCAUUUUCAUUGGCAAGUUUUGAUAGAGUAAUUUUUUUCCAUGAAAAUCCUGAUGGUGUUUUGUUGUUGUUUUUUUUCUUUUUUUUUUGUACAAAAUGAAUCAUUUUUCGCAUGUUUCGGGCAUAAAAGGGAUCUCCGUGGGGAAAAAUAACUCCCGUUAUAAAUGACGAGUGUCAUUUUUGACUAUUAUUUCUUUUUGCUGUCUUGUAAGUAACAAGAAUAAGAAUGAUCUGAAAAAUCCUCGAAGCAUGCUAGUCAGUUAUCAGCCAGGAAGUCAGAAUAAAAUCAUAAAAGUCUUUCAAACUGAAUUUCAGAAACUUAAGUUGACAAUUCCCUAAACUAUUGUUCCUAAUUUGAACUUUACGAAAUAUCUUACUGGACAACAUAACGAAUAUGCGACCUGCCAUCAUAACCGGAAAAAAACCAUGUCUCUUUCAUAAAUAUUAACUUGUCAAAUAUCCCCAUAAAUACAGCUGUAAAUAUAUCAAUAUAUUUGCAAUAGUUCUUUCUUACCUCGCUCAGAAAAUCUAAUUCAUUUAGUAACCAAGGAUGAAAAGGUCACGGCAGUAACGAUUUGAUCGGGAUGAGUAAACAUAAAAACAUAUCCAAGUCACAGGCUCCUCGAUAAACAAACGUAGUGAAACAUUACAUUUUGACUCCACUACACAACAUCAACAGACAAAACGUAAUGGCAAAUAAGUUUAUUUUGGGACGGCUUGGCGAGAACCAACCCUACAAAGUAUUUAUGUAAAUACAAUAAUAGGUGAAUACUGGUGAAUACCUAAUGUACAACACUUGUUAACUAGCUUUCACAAAAAGAUAAAACUCGUGCGACAAAUGGUCGCUCUUGACCUGAAUCUUCCAUUUAAGCAGGCAGGCUUAGUGCCAGGUAGGCUGCCAGUCAUUCUGGGGAAACUAAUUAAUAAAACUCAGACAACGCAUAACUGGCACACGGAACACGGUAGUAGCACAGAGGCUAAACAAAAAGAAAAAACUCCUCACAACUGGUUGAUCUCGACCUGAAUCCCCCAAAUAAGCACACAGGCUUAGUGCCAGUUAGGCUGCCAGUUAGGCCGGGGAAACUAAUUAAUAAAACUCAGAAAACGCAUAACUGGCACGAGGAACACGGUAGGAGCACAGAGGCUAAGCAAAAAGAAAAAACUGCUGCAACUGGUCGAUCUCGACCUGAAUCCCCCAAAUAAGCACACAGGCUUAGUGCCAGUUAGGCUGCCAGUUAGGCUGGAGAAACUAAUUAAUAAAACUCAGACAACGCAUAACUGGCACGAGGAACACGGUAGGAGCACAGAGGCUAAGCAAAAAGAAAAAACUGCUACAACUGGUCGAUCUCGACCUGAAUCCCCCAAAUAAGCACACAGGCUUAGUGCCAGUUAGGCUGCCAGUUAGGCUGGAGAAACUAAUUAAUAAAACUCAGACAACGCAUAACUGGCACGAGGAACACGGUAGGAGCACAGAGGCUAAGCAAAAAGAAAAAACUGCUACAACUGGUCGAUCUCGACCUGAAUCCCCCAAAUAAGCACACAGGCUUAGUGCCAGUUAGGCUGCCAGUUAGGCUGGAGAAACUAAUUAAUAAAACUCAGACAACGCAUAACUGGCACGAGGAACACGGUAGGAGCACAGAGGCUAAGCAAAAAGAAAAAACUGCUACAACUGGUCGAUCUCGACCUGAAUCCCCCAAAUAAGCACGCAGGCUUAGUGCCAGUUAGGCCGGGGAAAUUUAAUAAAACUGUGAUCAACGUAUAACUGGGACCGGGAACACUUCAGGAGCACAGAGGCUGAGUGCCAGGAAAACUGGGAAUUAUCUCCACUAAUGUACCCAACAAGGCACGUAGCCCAAUAACCAGUAAGACUGCCAUAAAAGGCUAGGGCGGGACAUUGAGGGUAAACAAUGAAUAACGACCCUGGCUAGAGGUCUGUAACAUUGCCUGCAACCUAACUGCGUCAAACGAGACUUACGUCGCCUCCUAAAGAGCGGUUCCGGGACAGCUGACCUAAGCAUACAUGGAAACUAAAUAUAUCAAGUAAAGGAGCAGGUGCAAAACUGAGAUAACUAGUGUACAAGUACAUAAAAUAAGAAACGGGAAAAAGGCUGAAAACUAGCAGAGCUGAGCUACCGCUUACAAACUGAAGUAAAUGCGGUCAGACGGAGGCCAGAAAAACCUGCCCAAAAAAAAAAAAAAAAAAACCCCGAAGGAAAAAAAAUGCGGGCAGGAAAUCUGGGGUAGGAACCAAGGCUCAAGCUCAAAGCCCUUCCUACGGGACUUUACAAUGUAAUCGAGAAUAUGUUGCUCCUAAAAAUAAAUAAAACAAAAAUUUAAGAAAAACCAAGGAGAGGUUGGCUCGUAAGCCUAGAUGACGAACACGUGAUAUACGCAGCCUUAUAUACCCCCGAUAUGGCUACCCAUGGUGCACCCGGCCUAGUACCCAGGCCCUGUUGUAUCUCGUGCCGUCAAAAUAUUUAUUUCUGCCUUCUUCGCGGGCUCAUUCGUCAGAAAUAACAUUUUAUUACAACUACAAAAGAGUAGCAAGUUGCGUUUUCGCAGCAACUGCCAGAAUGAAAUAAACAGAUCCUUUUUUGUUUCUUUCAACAUUUACCCGAGUUAUCUGAACUAUUUUUACUGCUAUUUUAUUUCCAAGCCAUUGCUUAAUGGCGUUAGUGUUCUAGCAUUACAACUAACAACACUAAUUCCAAUUUCUGCUAACACCUGAAACACUGGAAAAGCUAAGUGAGAGCACGUAGAAUCGGAAAAGUACGGAAUGUUGUGAGCCCGCAAUACGCUUUUUUAGUGAACGGGACAUUUCAUUCCACAAUAUACAAAGUUACUUUUGGAGAAUCCAAGAUGGCGGACGUUGAUAUCUUCAUUUCCUAGAGUUCGUGACGAUUUUGCUACAGACUUUAGUCGUUCGUACCGAUUCACCUACCUUCAAGCUUUAAUUAAUCGCCCAAUACAUAAAGUAGGAUGUACGGAAUCUGAAGAGUUCUGGUCGCCAACGCUAACUUUUGAAUCUUUGGUCGCCAGCAAGGUAAAACUUAGGCCUGGUUCAGACGCCGAACUUUUCACUAGCCGAACCUAAUACAUUGAAUUAAGUACAUGAAAAGUUCGGCGUCUGAAUCAAUUUGAAACAGGUCAGCCGUUUUUUUUCGCCUAGUCCGGCUGGGAAAUUUCGCCUUCGGAGCGACUUUAACGGCUUUGAUUCAGACGCCGAACUUUUCACGUACCGAACCUAAUGCAUUAUUACAGCGUAUUUUGAAAGCAGUUUGACCGAAAUGAGCAUUUUUCUUCUUUUGAAUUUAGUUCGGAUGGAAUUAAGACCGGCGCCUGAGUCAAUUCAGCCGGUCUAAAUAAUUUGGGUCGGCGUUAAAUUGAAUUAGGUCCGGCGCAUGGAAAGUUCGGUGUCUCAACCGGGCCUUAGGCGCAUUGGCGACUGUGUUGGGUGCGAUUUCCUGCCCUGUUUAAAUAGUAAUUAUUUAAUAUUUCAUUAUUAUUAUUUUUUUAACAGCGCAGACACCUUGUCUGAGAGCACUACCCCAUUGCGAUGUCCCGAUUAAAGCUGAGUGCAGACAUUUACCUGAUAACACAUUCGAGUGUGUUUGCAAACCUGGUUUCACUGGGGAUGGUUUUCUUAGAGAAUGUGUCGGUAAAAAAAAUCUAAACGUUUUCAAUUUAAUUAGUUAACAAUACAGAAAAACACCUGCAGAGAGAACAGGGAGCACAAGGAAAUAUUUUCAUUUGUUUUUUAUUUAACCUCCCCAGUGAGUUUCUAUGCAGUCUUCUACUAUUACCUCAUUUUAUCUUCUUAUUCUUCCAAAACUACCUGAAACCCAACAUCUUCGUAGCACAUUCGUAUGUCUUAUUACCUUCCAUAAAUUUCCAUAAAUCACACACCGUUUACUGGAAAGAGCAGUAAAAAUUCAGGUAACUUGCCAAGUUUGAAAGUGGUACGUCUAAACCUUCAGAUGUACAAUGGGGAAGUCGUUGCCACCCCUCUGAAAUUUUUCUGAGUUUUUUUUUUCCUAGACGAUAAAACAUCUCACCUGAUGUUUUCAGUAGCUGUUCAUUUAUCCCUCGCACGCAUGUUAAGACCUGUUUAAUGAUGGCCAGUUACUAUGGUUACGAGAUAUGAUGUCGUAAAAGCUGGUUGUCAAGCCAUUUUUGAGUGAAUAUGCAUGUUUUCUCAUUUUUCAACAACGGAAGUUAAUAAUGUGGAUAGAAUAAUGCAAAGUGCUUAUUUAUGUGUUAUUUUAUAUGUCAAACACAAAAUACUACCACUUCCGUGCAGUUUGAACCUCAUUUCUAAUUCUUGCUAAAAUCCAAGAUGGUGGCCUAGAUGGCAAUUAUUAUUGGUGAUGUCACAGGCUUUCAGUUGCGCUAGCAGCCAUAAAAUAUACCUCAUGUUGUUGAAAAGAUCAAAGGCUUUCCACUGAAGGCAAAAUCGUUUCGAAAUACUGCAAUUUAUCAAAACCUCUAGGAAGGCGUUUAUCAGCCCCCUUCCCCUUGUACCAAGGUGGGGGUAUGAAUUUACGUGUACGUCUGUGGGUUGAUUGAGCAGAGAUAUAGCUCCCUAAAGUUGUGUAAAUUUACUCAGAUGUUUUCAUGGUGAGGGCAAGUUUGUACCCGCAUGGAUUUCUGGGAAACUGCCCACCUACCCCUCCCCUAAGUCAACAUUAACACUAACCUCUCACUUAGGGCAAAAUGUUGGGUUAGGGGAGGGUUAGGUGGGCAGUUUCCCAGAAACGUAAAUUGAUCCAUGUGCCUUUACACUGAACAUUUCGUGACUUAAUGAGAAGCUAUAUCUUUGUUAGUUUAAAAAAAAAAAAACUUUCAAACAUGGUAGUUUUAGUCAUUUAAAGACCCUUUUUAUUGCGGAGUUGACAGAUUUUCACUAACUACUGCAUGAAGUUGAAAAUACUGUAAAAAUGUCGAGACAAGAAUGACCUUAAAGCUAUACUUUCAACAACGUCAUAACACUUUAAACCUUCCAUUUUACGUUUAAGAUGUUGAUGAAUGUCUCAACAAGGAAGAUUAUUGCUCAAAACAUGCUGUCUGCACCAACCUUUUGGGUUCAUUUUCAUGUCAAUGUAAUGAUGGUUUCAAGGGAAAUGGAUUUGAAUGUGAAGGUAAACCUUCUUUUGUUUGGCAGGUAAUUUUUUGUAGCUUAGUAUGGCACGGUUAGAUUUUCUUUGGGUAGAGAUGUAGUCUUCUUUUAUAAAUAAUUUAUAAAAGAAGACUACAUCUCUACCCAUGAAGUAACCUGCGAUCAGGCGAUUUAAAAAAAAAAAAAAAAAAAAAAUCGCCUGAUCGCAGGUUACCCAUGAAGAAGAAAUCCGUUCGCAGUAGAGUUUCAAAAUAGGUUAUGAUAUUUCCCAUUUAUAUGAAGAAACGUUCUCCAGGUGAGAGUGUCACCCACCUAGCUGAGUCAACAUUUUUAUGAUAAAAAAGUUGACCCCAGUGGCCGAGCUAAAAUCACAUAACAAUACUCGCGCAAACUCUGGUUGUUUCGCCUUGUCGGAGUUAAUCCAUCUGCGCUAGCUAAAUUGUUUGUAACACUGUAUAAGGAGAAAAUGUGGGCUGGCUAAGGGAGUAACCUUAUUAUCGAGAAAAAGAAAAAAAAAGUUAUCUGAGGCAACCCACCUUAUUCCAGUAGUUUCUAUCUGAACUAACGGUAGGUCGGGUAGGCAAGUUACCGUUUUAUCUGUCUACCUUUUUAUAGCCAAGGCCUUAGUUUGAUCCUUUUGCUUCAUCCCCAUGAGUCACUAUAAAUUAUAAUUUGUUUCAUUUAAAGAUAUAAAUGAGUGUGACAGUAACAAGAACAAAUGCCCUCCAAACUCUGACUGUGUUAAUACCAAUGGUUCAUUCACUUGCAAAUGCCAGUCCGGUUUUACAGGCGAAAAUCCACAUAAGGAAUGCUUAGGUAAGUCAUUAUGAAAAAACGUUUCUUUUUUCAGGUGGAGCUAAUUAACAAUUAAUGAAUGAGGCUGAGUAUCGUAUGAAGAAUUGUGUAGCUCCAUAAUUCUUCAUAUGAUACAAAAGCCUAAUUUAAGAAUAUUGUUUUAUUAUUCAUUCAAAAUAAUUCCUACUUUAAAAACGUUGCUAAAACAUACUUACUUCCAUCGAUGUUAAGUUCAUCAUCUAUAGUGCACGUUUAGGGUUGUUCAGCUCCACAAAUAUGUCGCCCUUCGAGUUCUCUUCUUGCUGUUCUUGCCUUGUUUUUACCUUUUAUUUCGCCUAGUUCUUACUCUUGAAACGAGUGAAAUGUCUGCAAUUUUUGUUUUUACAACCAAAACAACUCAACCUCAUCCCCAGGUCUUCUCGGUUAACGGUGCAUUAACCUGCAAGAAGGCUGCACCUUUUGACGUCAUUGGUUCAUUGAUCGCUAAAUUCUUCCAAAUUUGGUCAUCAGUAGCUGGUUAUGGUGAAUUAUGCGUGUUCUUUUAGCCAAUCAGAACCAGGGAAAUAUUUUGAAUGAAUAAUAAUAGCCAGUUAAUUAUUACCCUGUACUGGAUCCAGUUGGGUAAGUCGGAACUGGGAGCUGGAUCUAAAUUUUUCUGUCCGUUCAGGGAAAUUUGAAAUCAGUUAAUAAACUGCUUGAAAAACUAAAACGAUUACCAUCGAAGUUUUGAAAAAAAAAUGUUGCUUAAAGAUUGAACUCACGUGAUGUCUUUAACCCGGUGGAGCUUUUUUAAAACAACAACUGUUCAAACGCACAAGACUAAUGUUUCAAAGCGAGUAGAGUAGAACAUAGAAUGUCACGCGUACUGAAGCAAAACGGUAAGGGCAAUCGUGAUAGAAACGUGGACCUUCCAACAUAACCUACAGCACCAUUGUUUCAACAUCGAUGUUUGCCGGGUUUCCUAACCAGUCUCCUCUACUAACUACGGUCACACAUACUCACACAAUUUCCCGCGGUAAAAGGGUCAUUUACCAUGGGAAAAGUGACCCGUGUAACUGCAACCAAUGUAAGCAUUUCUGAAAAGAGGAAAGCUAAAUACACUUAAAUCCAUUAUAGGUCCCAUCGUUCGUGGUUUAUACUUUUCAGGCCACAACGCUUUUUCAGUCAGGUGUAUACAUGUACGAAUACGCUAGGUAUAGAGCGGAGAGGAUAAAUCAGAAGAGUCAAGACUUCCAAAUUAAAUGUCGGUAGAAAAUUAAUUGGGGGUAAGAAUCACGGAAUCGCAUCUUAUUGGUGUUAGAUGACGGGAUAAAUUAAUGCCACAUUCCCUUUUCAGAUCUAGAUGAGUGUACUCUUGACAGGAUAUGCGACUACGGUCAAAGAUGUACGAACACUCAUGGAUCCUACAAAUGUUCUUGCGAUCAGGGCUACUAUCUUAUCGAUGUAGCGAAAAAUAAAUGCGAAGGUGAGCUUGUCAAAGAUCUUGCCGAAAAAGGAAAACCUCCCAUACGUACAUGUAUGUUCAUAUUGCUGUUUCUUGCCGGAUCCAAGUUAUGUUGAGCGAAUCAGGUCGACAACGACGGCGCUCUGAAUACAGUUCAGGUUUCAAAAGUAUAGAAGUUUGAAGAAAAUCUUCAAACGUUUAGUUUUAGUGCAAUACUGAAGUCUUAACCCUCAGACGUACACGGCGAGGGGGCGGGGGGAGGCGGGGUUGGCGAUACUGGCGGGGGCGGGGUGAAUGGCCCUCUAAGGUUUUUCAGAGUUUUUUCCUAGAGGAUAAAACAUCAGGACCUGGCGUUUUCAGUACCUGUUCGUUCACCCCUCGUGCCCAUUUUGACACAAGUUCAGUGAUGGUCAAAUGUUAUGGUUACGAGAGAUUAUGUCAUAGUAGCAGGUGGUCAAGCCAUUUUUGGGCGAAAAUACAUGUUUUUCCACUUCUUUGAACAAUAAAAGAAUCAGGCAAAGUGCUUAUUUAUGUGUUAUUUCUCAUGUAAAGCACAAAAAAUCACCAUUUCUCCCGGUUUUAACCUGAUUUCUAAUUCUUGGUAAAAUCCAAGAUGGCGACCAUUGUUGGUGACGUCACAGGUCGUCAGCAGCGUCACCACCCAUGAAAUAUACCUCAUCUUGUUAAGAAGAUCAAAGGCUUUCCACUGAAGGUAAAAUCGUUUCGAAACACUGCAACAUAUCAAAAACUCCACGGAGGGGUUCCAUUCUUCCCUCCGCCCUCCUUGUACCACGGUGGGGGUAUAAAUUUUCGUGUACGUCCAAGGGUUAAAACACAAGCAAAUUUGUGCAAAUUAAUUUUUUUCGUCCGGUGAUAUUAGCAAGAAUUGAAGUACUCAGCGUUGAGCUUUUGCACUGGUCAAGCGAAGCACAGCGUUACAGCAAAAGCGUUGGGACCAACUCUGAUCGUUGUCGCACUCACUAAUCUUUGUUUAUUUCUAGUAUAGAAAAAAAAAAUAUAUAUAUAUAUUUGACUGUAGUUUUUGGCUUUGGUUGUUGUUCAUAUUCAUUAUCUAAAUUUGAUUUCAGAUAUUGAUGAAUGCAGCAACAUGACCAUGCCCUGUGGAAGGCACAAUUUCAUCCGUUGUGAGAAUACCGAUGGUGAUUACUUAUGUCGAUGCGAUCAAGGAUUUCAGUUUGACAAGGAAGAAAAGCUGUGUAAAGGUAAAGGAAAUUAUGAAUGAAAGACUUGAUUCAGGGAAAAUCGAAAUGAAAACGAUAGAACAGAAAGUCAAUUAGUGGGUCAUGACUCAUUAGUUACCAUGCUCAUCCUUUACGUGGUUGCCGAUUGUUGAUCGCUUGUGUUUCUCCCCACGUUGAUGUAACUAGCCUCGUACAGCCGACAUAGAGUCCUCUGUGUCUCUUGUGUCCCCCUGUGUCCCAUGUGUCCCCUUGUGUCCCUUGUAUCCCUUGUGUCUCGUUGCGUUCCUCAUGUCCCCUGUGUCCCUUGUGUCCCUGGUGUCCCUUAUAUCCCCUGUGUUCCUUGUGUCCCCCGGAGUCCCCUGUCUUCCCUGUGUCCAAUGUCUCCCGUGUCCCUUGUGUCCCUUAUGUCCCCUGCAUCCCCUGUGUUUUUUGUGUCCCAUUGUGUCCCCUGUGUCCCUUAUGUUCCCAGUGUCCCCUUUGUCCCCUUGUGUCCCCUGUGUCCUCUGUGUUCCUUGUGUGCCCUGUGUCCCGUGUCCCUUGUGUCUCCUGUGUCCCCUGUGUCCCUUGCGUCCUCCUGUGUCCCUUGUGUCCUCCUUUGUCCCUUGUGUCCCCCUGUGCCCCUCCUGUGUCCCUUGUGUCCCCCGUGUCCCUUAUUGUUGGUUUUCACAUGAUGUCACUAAAAUUCAAACCAAAAAACUAUCGAUUCUACCGAGAUUUUACUUUCACGAUGCAUCAGAGCAGCUGAAAACUAAUUUUCAUACAAAUUUUCGCUUCAAAAGGGUUCUUGGUUUUGUAAUAGAGUACGCUUGAAUUUCUAUGCUUUUGCGUGACGCAGCAUUUACAUGACGGCCAAGAGAGCUGUCAUGUAGGUUAAAAAAAAGACUUAUUUCAGGAAAUUUUGCUAUCUAAACAGUUCAUGUGUGAGAAAAAGCAUUACUUUAAUGUUUAUGAGUUUCUCGAAGAAUAAAUUCACGCUUUUGUAGCAAAACUCGAUAACAGAUGUUUCUCUUGGUCUCCGUCCGCCAUGUUGCAGCUCAUCCACGUGAGCACCAGCAUGGCGUCUCCAUGCAAAUCUCUAUAAGUUUGGGUAAAACAUUUCUUCGGAUAUCUCGUAUGCAAAAUAUUCCUCUGACCUGAAUCUUGGCGAGGAUCUUUGUAUAUAUACCUCCUUUCAUUUCCCAGAUUCUGGACUUUAUCUAUUGAACGGUUUUGAUUUUUAUUUUGAUCUAUUUUGAAUGGUGUGACACUAAAAACCAGCAAUAGCCCCUGUGUCCCCUGUGUUUUUGUGUCCCCCCGUGUCCCUUGUGUCCCCCGUGUCCCCUUGCUUGAUCUUGUGUUACCUGUGAUCCUUGUGUCCCGCAUGUCCCUGAUGGCCCCUGUGUCCCCUGUUUCCCUUAUGUUGCCACUGUCCCCUGUGUCCUUCAUGUACCUUGUGUCCUAUGUGUUCCUUGUGUCUAUCUUUGUCCCUUUUGUCCCCUGUGUCCUCUUGUGUCCCCUUUGUCCUCUUGUGUCCGUUGUGUCCCCUGUGUCCCUUGUGUCCCCCUGUGCCCCCCUGUGUCCCCUGUCUCUUGUGUCUCCCUGUGUCCCUUGUGUCGUUGGUGUCCCCUGUGUCCUCUGUGUUCCUUGUGUUCCCUUGUGUCCCCUUGUGUCACGUGUCCCUUGUGUUCCCUGUGUCCCUUAUGUCCCCUGUGUUCCUUAGUGUCCCCUGUGUCCCGUUAUGUCUCUUGUCUCCCCUUGUGUCCUCUGUGUUCCUUCUGUUCCCUGUAUCCCUUGUGUCCUCUUGUGUCCCUUUAUGUCCCCUGUGUCCUCCUGUGUCCCUUGUGACCACUGUGUCCCCUUGAGUCAUCUUGUGUCCCCUGUGUCCCCUUGUUUCCCAUGUCCCUUAUGUCCCUUGUGUCCUCUGAGUUCCUUGUGAUCCCCCUGUGACGCCUGUGUCCCCUAUCUUCCCUGUAUCUCCUUCUGUCCCUUUGUGUCCCCUAUGUCACUUGAGUCCCCUGUGUCCCCUGGUGUUCCCUGUGUCUCCUUGUGUCCCCUGUUUCACGUUGUGCCCCUUGUUUCCCUUGUGUCCUAUGUGUUCCUUGUGUGUCCUGUUUCCCUUGUGUCUUGUUGUUGUUGUUGUCUCCUGUGUCCCCUGUGUCCCUUGCCCUCCUAUGUCCGUUGUGUUUCCGGUGUCCCCUGUGUCCCCUUGCCUCAUCUUGUGUCCCCUGUGUCCCUUGUGACCCUUGUGUCUCCCAUGUUCCUUACGGCCACUGUGUUCCCUGUGUUUUUGUGUCUCCUGUUUCCCCUAUGUUUUUAGUCUCCCCUGUGUCUUUUAUAUACCCUGUGUCCUAUGUGUUCCUUGUGUCUCCUUUUUCCCUUGUGUUCUUCUGUGUCCCUUUUGUCCCCCGUGUCCUUUUGGGUCAUCUUGUGUUACUUGUGUUCCCUGUGUCUCUUGUGUCUUCUGUGUCCCUUGUGUCCCCUGUGUUCCUUGUCUCCCCUGUGAGGGGGAUACAAGGGACACAAGUUACACGGGAUACAAGAGACACAGUGAACACAGUGGACACAGGGGACACAAGGGACACAAAUGACACAGGGGACACAAGAGACACAGGAAACACAAGGGACAAAAGGAACACAAAGGACACUAGGGACACAUGGGGCACAAGGGACAUACGAAGCAGAAGAGACAAAGGGCACACAGGGGAUACAGGGGACAGAAGAGACGUAGGGAACAAGGGGCACACAAGAGACACAUUGGAAAAAGGGGACAUAAGGGGACACGGGGGACAACAGGGACAAAGGGGAGACAGGGAACACAAGGGGAGACGGGACACAGGGGGCACAAGGGACACAAGAGACACAGGAAACGCAGUGAACACAGGGAACACCACAGGGGAUACAUAGGACACUGGGAAACACUUGUGUCCCCUGUGUUCCUUGAGUCUCCUUGUGCCCCCUGUGUCCCCCGUGGCCCUUGUAAGUAAAGCUGGAAUGUAAAUUUUAGUGAACUACCCCAUACUCUUAACAUAUACGGUGGUAAUAUUGAUGUAAAUUUUGUUUUGAGGAGAAGGGAAGCCUUGUGUAUAACUCAUCUUCUAGCGUAUUUAACAGAAUAUCCCCGUCUCUCCUGCACACAUUUGUUGUUGAUACACUGCUCAACCUUUUAAUGCCAUUCAACAUAAAUUUUACUCACACCAACACAUUUCGCCUAAACGCCUUCAGGCGUCUUCUUGUUUUGUUUCAAAUUCUGACUGAAUCCCACGCCGGCGCGCGUGCGUAGGACAAAAAACCGAACACAGAUAACAAACAGACAAUGAUAUUGUAACAAAAAUAUUAAGUAACAACUUUCUCUUGGUCAUAUUCUCCAAGACUAAUGACAAGCCUCACUUGUAUCAAAGUUAUUUUGUAGAACUACGAUAAUUUUCUUCCGAGUCUUGAAUAUCUUGAUGAGAAUAAGGCACUGAAAAACGGUUGCCUAUAUUUCUAGAACGUUUUUGCGUUUUAUUUCAUCUUAUAUCAUUCUGUGUCGCUAAACUCGUUUAUGCCUUCAUCCCUCGUACAUUAACAAAUAUUAAUCAAAGCUCAUUGCCUGUUGAGAAUCAAAUUCAAAACAAACCAUUCAGAUAACAACUCUCUGUGGAUUCCAUUCAGACAUGGAUGAAUGCAAAACAGGCGAGUGGCCAUGCGCAGAAGACGCGACGUGUAACAAUCUGCAAGGGAGCUUCAGCUGCACAUGCCCUAAAGGUUACCAUGGAGAUGGCGAAUACAUUUGUAUCGGUAAUAACACAACUUGAUAAAUGUAUUUUUCCUUUUAGUUUUACAUAAUUCAAAUUAUGAUAUAAAACUAAUGUGUUACAAAAAAAGCAUACAUAAGUGCUUUGUUCGACUCUAACUUGUUGCGUAUGCUUUUUUUUUUUUGUUUACAGCCAACAGAUCCUCUUUGAAUGGCGUCACCUGGAUUACCGUGGUUGCCCUG